CUAUUGGCUGUCCGGGCUGUCAGUUAUGGGCGGCGUUCGCUGCCAUUGGCGGAGAAGGCGGGGUGGUUGACAAGUCACAGCUGGUCGGACGGGUGGAAGCAGCGGGACAGGGCGGACGGAAUGGCUGCCAUACGUAAGAAGCUUGUGAUCGUUGGGGACGGGGCCUGCGGGAAGACCUGCCUGCUCAUCGUAUUCAGCAAAGAUCAGUUCCCUGAGGUCUACGUGCCCACCGUGUUUGAGAAUUAUGUGGCUGAUAUAGAGGUUGACACAAAGCAGGUUGAGCUGGCUCUGUGGGAUACAGCUGGCCAGGAGGACUACGAUCGUCUCCGACCACUGUCCUAUCCCGAUACUGAUGUCAUCCUCAUGUGUUUCUCCAUCGACAGCCCUGACAGUCUGGAAAACAUCCCUGAGAAGUGGACUCCGGAGGUGAAACAUUUCUGUCCCAAUGUACCUAUAAUACUGGUGGGAAACAAGAAGGAUCUGAGGAAUGACGAGCACACCCGCCGGGAGUUGGCCAAAAUGAAGCAGGAGCCAGUGAAGCCAGAAGAAGGGCGAGAUAUGGCUAAUAGGAUCAGUGCUUUUGGUUACCUGGAGUGUUCUGCUAAAACAAAGGACGGUGUGCGGGAAGUGUUCGAGAUGGCGACAAGAGCUGCUCUGCAGGCCAAGCGGGGUCGCAAGAAGAACACGUGUGAUUUGCUCUAAGGCUCAUCCGAAUUGCAAAUGGAAACAGCCUCCCCCCCUUCCCCCCCACCGCCCCCUUUCCUCACGCACUCCGCCUGCUCCCCUCUCUGCCCAUGCGGCUCCAACUCUGUUCUACACCUCAGGCUGAGGAGGGGGUCCUGUGAUGAAGCCGCACACCACUCCUUCUAUGUCAGCCACACUGCCUUACUGGGAGGGAGACGGGGGGGAGGCAAUCCCACCCUCUGCAGGUCCCCUCCACCUGGGAUAUGGUCCUCGCCGUGUCCUGCGGGUCCUAUUGAUGGGGACUUGCGCAGUGCCAUGUUUGUCGGGACAUUUUCAAGAAAGGGUUGGGCUCCAGUGCCAUGUUUUCUAGGACUUUUGAAGGAGUUGGGCAGGCGGUGCCAUGUUCUGUUCGACCUCUCCAGGAAUCCGUGCUGGUUCUGCGUUGCAGAGCGGCAGAAUUUGUUUUUUUUUGUAUUCUGCUUCACAAAAACUGAUCUUCCCUUUCUAUACAUAUAUAUGUGUCUCAGAUGUUUUGUACAUGAGCAAGCUGGGCUAAAUCCACAGCGCAGAGAUGGGCGGCCUACAGCUCUCCAGCAUACCGUUGCUGGGACUUCUAGUUCCUCCGUAUCUGGUGUGCAGCAGGCAUACCCCUUUCUGUCCUAGAGAGGAACGCUGGCUUGACUAGCUCCUCGGUGCGGGCCUCGAGCUUCUGAUGUCAGGGUGGGAUUUAGCCCCAGGAAAAGGAAGCCGAUUGCAGAAGAGGCAAAGGUGACGACAUCCUUCUCUCUGUCUCUGUGCCAUAUCAUAUCGCCCCCCCCCCCCCCCCCCCAUCCUCUGUGUCUGCGAGGUUUGGGCCCAGAAGUCGCUUUUUCUGUGUGUUUUUAAAGCUGUCUAAUUUUAUUCCUCUUUUCAUGUUGAUAACGUCUUUUUUUCCAAAAAGAUUUACUGAAUAUACACUGUUCUCAGCAAGCAGAAUUUCACAAUAAAACUGUAGUCAUGUUUUAGAAA